AUGAGUGAUAUUGAUUAUCAGAUACAAGUUAUUCGGUUAAAAAGAGUUCAAGAGUUUAAUAACAGAUUGACGGAGGCAUUACAAAGAGAAAGGAUUCCUGCUUCUACUGCGAGUGGCUUAAUUAUUAAUUAUGUAGAGGAAACCCCUGACUAUUUAAUUCCGUACAAUUGGAGUUUACCCCCUGAUCAAAAUAAAUUUGCUAAAUACAAGGCUUUAAAGCAGCACUAUAGUGGUAAUAGACGUUCGGAUGUGGUUGGUUGUUGCACAAUUAUGUAG